AGGCGGCGGAGUCUCCACCUCUUCUGGCAGCGGGAACCUGUGGCUGCCAAGCUCCAUUAAAGCCAUCAGCAGCCGGGGGGACGCGCUCCCCGGUGAAGGCGGGGUGGGCUGCGGUGCUUUAUUUUAAAAUAUAUACUUUUCUUUUUUCGCCCCCCCUUUAUCCCUUCGCAAGGCUCGGGCUGAGCAGGACGCCUGCGGGCUGAAGCCGGGGUGCCGCCGCCGCGGGCACCGGAGCGCCGGAGGCGGCCCAUGGCUGCACCGCCGGGCGCCGCGCCCCGCUGAGCUCCGCGGGCACCGGCGGCGAUCGCGCCUCUGGCCGGGACACACAGCGGGCACCAUGGUCCGGUGCUGGUGGCUCGCAGGGCUGCUCGUAGCCUGCGCGGCCGCGGAGCCGCCCUGCCGCCAGCAGCUGCGCCACCUGCAGGACAGCGCCGGGAUCGCCGCGCGGCUGCCGCCCCGCCUGGAGGGGCGCUGGGUCUCCACCGGGUGUGAGGUGCGGCCGGGGCCCGAGUUCCUGACGCGAUCCUACCUCUUCUACACCAAUCGGCUCUUCAAGGCCCUGCAGUUCUACUACUGGGAUCCGUCCUGCCGCGACCCUUCCUACUCGCUGGUGAUCAAGGGCAAGCUCCGGCUGCGCCAGGCCUCCUGGAUCACCCGCGGCGCCACCGAGGCCGACUACCACCUGCACAAAGUGGGCAUCGUGUUCCACAGCCCGAGGGCCAUGCGGGAGGUGGCCUCCCGGAUCAACCAGACCUCAGGCGAGGGCUGCCGCGGGUUCCUGCCCCCGGGGCGCUCCUGGGCUCCCGGAGCCCUGUACGAGGUGCUGAGCGCCAAGACCGAGCGCGACUGCACCGCGGCGCUGGGCUUCGCCAUGCACGAGCUGAGCCUGGUGCGAGUGGAGGGGCACUUGCAGCCGCUGCUGCAGCCGCAGCACAGCGGGAGCCGCGUGGUGGAGGAGCUCUACCUGGGGGACAUCCACACGGACUGGGCCGAGAGGCUGCACUACCGCCCCACCGGCUACCAGCGCCCCUUGCAGAGCGCCCUGCACCACGUGCACCCCUGCCCGGCGUGCGGGAUCAUCUCCAGGGCCGAUGAGCAUCACCCCCCGAUCCUGCCCGCCCGAGCCGCGCUGCCCAUGCAGCUCAGCGGCAGCUGGGUCAGCACCCACUGCGAGGUGCGCCCGGCCGUGCUCUUCCUCACCAGGUACUUCACAUUCCACGGCAACAACCACACCUGGGAAGGGCACUACUACCACUACUCCGACCCGCUCUGCAGGCAGCCCACGUUCACCAUCUACGCCUCCGGGCACUACAGCCAGGGCAUCCCCUCCUCCAAGGUGCGCGGCGGCACCGAGCUGGCCUUUAAGGUCACCCGGGCCCGGGUGACGCCCAUGGACCAGGUGACGGUGCUGAUGCUCAACUCCUCGGAAGCCGGGAGCUGCGGGCUGCAGGGCUCCUGGAGCGCCGGCGUGGAGCAGGAUAUCACAGCCACGAACGGCUGCUUGGCUCUGGGCAUCAAGCUGCCCCACACCGAGUACGAGCUGUUCAAAACGGAGCAGGACACGCAGGAGCGCAGCCUCCUCUACAUCGGGGAGCGGCCCACGGACGGCUCCAGCCCCGACAGCCCCGACAAGCGACCCACCUCCUACCAGGCCCCUCUGAUCCAGUGUGCUGCAGCCUCAGAGGAAUUCUCCAACUACAUCAGUCUGAAAUACGUGGGAAGAAAGGAUGCUAACGGGAUUGAAGCACUAAAACCUUUGCCUGUGGCCUUUUUACUGUUUAUAGCACUUCUGUUUUUAAGAUGGGACUAGUUAUCUCUUCAGGUACAAUGCAGAAUUCAGAUAAAUCUUGGUGCUAGCGUGAUUUUUAUGUCCUUCAGAUGAGCACAUCUGGAAUCAGUUUUACUCAGAUUUGGAAACACUUUUUAAAAACACCCAAUAGUGAAUGAAGCCAAGGAGAUAUGCCUGGCUCCACACUGUUUGUCCUGUGGCUUUAUUGCCUAAUCUCCCCUCUUUGCGUGCAAAUUUAAUGUACUGACACGGAUGCACUGCACAUUGCAACAGAUAAUUUAGCAACAUGAGGGGGGAAAAUAGUGACAUCAAUUCAAAUUGCUGCUUUGAGCUUUUGACAUUGCUAAGAUUUAAUCAAGAGCUUGAUUCAGAUGUAAUUCAAACAUCCCAAGUGUUGGCUGCUGAAUUUCUGUGAGGUUAAGUUCCCUCCCAUCACACUCCUUUUUGCUGUUCAUGCAAAUUUAAUCUGCAGAGUCAGUCAGCAAUAAACAGUCAGCAAGUGUUCUUGAGAAGGGCACGGUUCACAUGCCUCUUGCAGUUUACAGAUAUUUUCUGCACUUUGCCUGUGUAUGUCACACACAGGGACCCACAAACAAUCUUUGCACUUGGAGAUGCCCCAAACAGCUCUCACUGAGGGCUCGACUUUUCCACCUGACCCCGGGCAUAGAUUACAGUGGAUGGAAAACACUUCUGUGCACAGCUCAGAGCCUCAGCAUUCCCUGGCUGCAGCACUGCAUCCCUGCUGUGUUACCCAGGGCAGAGCUGGCCUGGCUGUGAGCCAUCAGCAGUGUCCCCGUGUCACUGCUGCCCUGCCCAGCACAGGCACUGUCACUGUGAGCCCUGGGAAGGGAAAGAUCCCUCAUCCCUCUCAGGCCAUGCAUUCCCACUGCCUCCUCUGCAGUUCUGGCACAGCAGUUGUUAAUCCAGCUCUCCUCUCAAAGUGUCACUUCCAGCCUCGUUCCUGUACAGAUGUUUUAUAAAUCUGCCUCUGGUGAACAAUGAGCUGAAGAGAUGCUCACAUCAGACAGCACAGUCAGGUCAAACUGAUUCCUACUGACAAGCAGGACAAACUAUGAAAUUAUAUUCCCUGUCUGCUGCAGCUAAGCAUCAUAUAACUUCCUCGAGAAGCCCUUCUCCAGCAGCUAAAUCCUCUCCAAAUAAGCCUAUAUAUCUUACCCACAAAAGAUAUUUUGUUAAAGCAGCUAUGCAAUAGCCACCUUCUUAAUGCUGUAUUUACGAACUUGCAGCUUGUACUUAGAUAAAUUAUGGGGUUUAUAACAAAAAAAUACUUUGGGGGGAUCUGUACAUUAAUAAUUCAAAUGAGAAGCUUAUUAAAUGCAUUACAGUUGUGACAUAAA